CUCCUAGGUUUGCCCCAUCCCAUCCCAGCCUCCUCAGCCUCCUGUUGUUCCAAAGCCAGUUCAACCUGUCAUACAUGUCCCAUUGCAACCAAGCUGCCCGGGCCGAGGCAAGAUGGCAAAGCUCAUCAAUCCGGAAGAGAUGACAUCCAGGGAUUAUUACUUUGAUUCCUAUGCUCACUUUGGAAUUCAUGAGGAAAUGCUAAAGGAUGAAGUGCGCACAUUGACCUAUAGAAACUCAAUGUAUCACAAUAAACAUGUUUUUAAAGAUAAGAUUGUCCUCGAUGUUGGAAGUGGCACAGGAAUCCUCUCUAUGUUUGCUGCAAAAGCAGGAGCCAAGAAGGUAUAUGGGGUUGAAUGCUCAAGCAUAUCUGACUACUCAGAAAAAAUUAUCAAGGCCAACCACUUGGACAACAUAAUCACAAUAUUUAAAGGUAAAGUGGAAGAAGUUGAAUUACCUGUGGAUAAAGUAGACAUCAUAAUCAGCGAGUGGAUGGGUUACUGUCUGUUCUAUGAGUCAAUGUUAAACACAGUCAUCUUCGCACGAGACAAGUGGCUGAAACCAGGAGGGCUAAUGUUUCCAGACCGAGCUGCUUUGUACGUGGUAGCAAUUGAAGACAGACAGUACAAGGACUUCAAAAUUCACUGGUGGGAGAAUGUGUACGGCUUUGACAUGACCUGUAUUAGGGAUGUUGCCAUGAAGGAGCCUUUGGUGGACAUAGUAGACCCAAAGCAAGUGGUGACCAAUGCCUGUUUAAUAAAGGAAGUAGAUAUUUAUACAGUGAAGACUGAAGAAUUGGCAUUUACUUCUGCCUUCUGCCUCCAAAUUCAGCGUAAUGACUACAUUCAUGCUUUGGUCACCUAUUUUAAUAUCGAAUUUACAAAAUGCCACAAGAAGAUGGGAUUUUCUACAGGUAAUCUGUAUUUCUUUUAAUUUAUUUUCUAUUGCUAUCAGUAUAUCAGUGCUACUGGUCAGAUGGUACAUGAAGGUUUACUGUA